UCGCCGAGCACUGUCCCCAGGCUCUCAGCCGUCCCGCACCCUCCCGGGCGCUCCGACGCUCAGACUCGCUCACCUGGGGCCCCGUCACCCCCUCUUCAACUGACCCUGCCGGUGGCUCUCGGAGGGAGGAAGGUCAAGUCCUCCGCCUCGGCCGCGUGCGCGAGGAGCCAAGGGGGCGCAGGGACCGCGGGGCAACUGCGGCGGCGGCGGCGCAGGAGUUACAAGCUCGCAGGGCAAAGCCUGGGCCGCCACCGGGCGGCCCCGGAGCUCGGCCCGAGCAGCGGCCGCGCCCCCAGCGUGGCGCCCCGGGGCCGGGCCCUGCGCCGGGGACCCGGGCUGGGGCACUGCGGGAGCCCGGAGUCCGGCGCCCCUAUGCGCCGCCCCGACAUCCCAGCGCGACAGCUAUGACCCUGAGCACGGAGAUGUCCGAUGCCGGCGGCCUCGCCGAGGAGACCGACAUCGACGUGGUGGGGGAGGGCGAGGACGAAGACGACGAGGAAGAGGAGGACGACGAGGGCGGCGGCGGCGGCGGCGGCGGCGGGCCGGGUCUGGCUGUCCCCGCGCGGCGGCGGCGGCGGCGGCGCUCGUACGCCGGCGAGGACGAACUAGAGGACCUGGAGGAGGACGACGACGACGAUGACAUCCUGCUGGCCCCGCAGCCUGGGGGCUCCCCGGCGCCCCCCGGCCCAGCCCCGGCGGCGGGGGCCGGCGGCGGGGGCGGGGGCGCGGGCGGCGGCGGCGGCGGCGGGGGCGGCGGAGGCGGCGGGGGCGCGGGCGGCGGCGCCAAGAACCCGCUGGUGAAGCCGCCCUACUCGUACAUCGCGCUCAUCACCAUGGCCAUCCUGCAGAGCCCCAAGAAGCGGCUGACGCUGAGCGAGAUCUGCGAGUUCAUCAGCGGCCGCUUCCCCUACUACCGGGAGAAGUUCCCCGCCUGGCAGAACAGCAUCCGCCACAACCUCUCGCUCAACGACUGCUUCGUCAAGAUCCCCCGCGAGCCCGGCAACCCCGGCAAGGGCAACUACUGGACGCUGGACCCCGAGUCCGCCGACAUGUUCGACAACGGCAGCUUCCUGCGCCGGAGGAAGCGCUUCAAGCGGCAGCCGCUGCUCCCGCCCAACGCCGCGGCCGCCGAGGCGCUGCUGCUGCGCGGCGCGGGGGGCGCGGGCGACCCUGCGGCCGCCGCCGCCGCCGCCGCCGCCGCCGCGCUCUUCCCGCCCGCGCCGCCGCCGCCGCCGCCGCCGCCGCCGCCGCACGCCUACGGCUACGGGCCCUACGCCUGCAGCUACGGCCUGCAGCUGCCGCCCUACGCGCCGCCCUCCGCGCUCUUCGCCGCCGCCGCCGCCGCCGCCGCCGCCGCCUUCCACCCGCACUCGCCCCCGCCGCCCCCCGCGCCGCCCGGCGCGGCCGCCGCCGAGCUGGCCCGGACCGCCUUCGGCUACCGGCCGCCCCCGCUCGGCGCCGCCCUGCCCGGGCCUCUGCAGGCCUCCGCGGCCAAGGCGGGCGGCCCGGGCGCCGCGGCCCUGGCGCGCUCGCCCUUCUCCAUUGAGAGCAUCAUCGGGGGCCGCCUGGGCCCCGCCGCCGCCGCCGCCGCCGCCGCCGCCGCCGCCGCGCAGGCCCCGCCGUCCCCCUCGCCCGCGGCGGCGCCCGCGCCGGGACCCGGCGGCUGCGCGGCUCAGGCGGCCGUGGGCCCGGCGGCCGCGCUCACUCGCUCCCUCGUGGCCGCCGCGGCCGCCGCCGCCUCCUCCGUGUCCUCGUCGGCCGCCCUGGGGACCCUGCACCAGGGGACCGCCCUGCCGGGGGUGGAGAACUUUACCGCUAGGAUUUCAAAUGGUUAAGGGCGCUCCGUUGCGCGCUCGCGGAACGGAAGGUAGGACCCCGCUCCUUUCUCCGUCUCGGUGGUGGGGUGUGGCGUCCGCUCCGGGCCUCGCGCUCGCCGCUGCGGACCCUCGGACGAGACUGCGU